UAACUGACUGAACCACAUAGGGGCCCCUCCUAAUCCCCUGUUCUUAUAAAGGCACCAUUCUUGCUGGAGUGGAGCUCACCCCAAUGGCCUCAUUUUACCUUAAUGAUCUCUUUAAGACCUUAUGUCCAAAGAUAGUCAUAUUUGUAGGUACUGAAGUUUGGAGAUGAACACAUGAAAUUUAGGGUGACACAACUCAGCCCAUAACAACCUGUGAAUAUAGACCUCCAGCUAUGCACAGAAUUAGACCCCUUCCCAAGGCAGCACAGUGAGCAUCUGGUACACAUGAUCUCUUCGUGGGAGGCCACAGACGAAGGAACCCUAAGACACAGCUGGCCAGCAGGACCUUCUUACCAAAAGCAGGAAUAUGAAGUACCACUGAGGAAUGGGCAUUUGACGUGUAAGAUGGCCACACCCAAGUCCCUGGAAAAUGCCCACCACUGUCCUCAUAUUCUCCCACAGACAAGAGCUGGGCACUGCGAUCCCUCCAUGUGACUGCUGGGGAAAAUGAGCCUUGGAGGGGAGAAGGGCCAGGCACGCCUGGGCAUUCUCCCUCAACGUCAUGCAGUGCUAUCAUCUUGCUGCAAAUGCCCAGCUCUCUGGUGUGGCCCGAUAUGGGUGACACCUGGGGUGCCUGGAGCAGAGGGCUGUGAGCCGGCCAGCAAGCCCUGGAAUACCAGGGAGUCCUGGUCCUUGUCCACUCUGGCCAUUCAUACCUGGGAACUCACCUCGUAGCUGCCCAGAGCAAUGGUGUUUCCUACAAGGCCCUGCCCAUGCAUCCGCCAGCUCACACUGUACCAACAGGAGCUGCUACAGCCUGGAGUUUCUCUGUCCCCUUGGGUGUUAGGGAAGUUUUUAAGAACAGAGAUGGAGUCUGUCCUUCUCUACUUGGACUCCACAGCCCUGAAAGGAGGUGUUCAUGAUGUGGGUGUCGUGCUCACUCAUUAAUUACACAUCAAUCACUUCCCUCUUCCACAGUGGGGAGGAAGCCCCACCUUUCAUGCCUCAAGGUUCCCCUGCUCACCCUUCCUGCAUCCCACAACUGGCAGGACUGACCAUCUGGGGUUUCUAGAAGCUGUAAUUGGCCAGGUAGUCCCUGCCUUCCUGGGACUUCCUGAGGCCGCAGAUAGGGACUGGGGGGUGGUGGGUGGCUGGGACCCCAUCUGGAAAGUAGAAGUUGUUAGUCUUCAAGGUCCAUGCUGUCAUCGCCAGUGUCCCAGCACCAACUUCCUCUUCUGUGGCCAGUCACUUUUCAGACAUUAGCCUUGGCCUUCGUACUGGGGCUUCCUCUCUGUCCUGUGGCAGCUCCAUGACUCUCACCCCAAAGAUGCUGCCGCUGCUGCUGUCUCUGCAAUGGGCAGGGUCCCUGGAUCAGUAUACAAGAUACCAGAUGCAGGUGCAGGAAUCCCUGACGGUGCAGGAGGGCCUGUGCACCUCCGUACCCUGCUGCUUCUCCCACCCCCAUGAAUACACUAAUAAUGACCCAGCUUAUGGCUACUGGUUCCGGGAAGGAGCCAAUUCACACCACGAUGCUCCAGUGGCCACAAACAACCCAAGUCGUAAAGUGCAGGAGGAGACCCAGGGCCGAUUCCGCCUCCUCGGGGAUCCCCGGGCCUACAACUGCUCCCUGGACAUCAGAGAUGCACAGAGAAGGGACUCGGGGACAUACUUCUUUAGGGUGGAGAAAGGGUCUUCGGUGAGAUAUAAUUACCUGCAGAAUCAGCUCUCCGUGUUUGUGACGGCUCUGACACAGACACCUGACAUCCACAUCCAGGGGCCCCUAGAAUCUGGCCACCCCAAGAACAUUACCUGUAGCGUGCCAUGGGUCUGUGAGAGGGGGACACCCCCCACCUUCUCCUGGAUCGGAGUCGCCCUCCCCUCCUGGGGCUCCAAGGCUCCCCACUCCCCCGAGCUCACUUUCACCCCGAGGCCCCAAGACCACGGCACCAACCUCACCUGUCGAGUGACAUUCCCUGGAGCUGGUGUGAGCACGGAGAGGACUGUCCAGCUCAACGUGUCCUAUGCACCCCAGAACCUGACCAUCAGUGUGCUCCGAAGAGAAGGUACAGGACCUGAGGCUCUGAGCAAUGGCUCGUCUCUCCCAGUCCAGGAGGGCCAGCCCCUGCGCCUGGUCUGCAUCGAUGACAGCAACCCUCCUGCCAGGGUGAGCUGGACCCGGGAUAGCCUGACUCUGCAGCCCUCACAACCCUCAAAUCCUGGGAUCUUGGAGUUUCCCCGGGUGGAACUGGUGAACCAUGGGAGAUACAUCUGCCAAGCUCAGCACCUGUUGGGCUCCCUGGAAGCAUCCGUGAGCCUCCUUGUGAAGACCCCCCUGAAGCUGUUUGGUCCCUCCUGCUCCUGGGAGGGCGAGGACAUGCACUGCCACUGCUCGGCUCAAUCCCAGCUGCCCCCUUCUGUGCACUGGCGGCUGGGGGAGGAGCUGCUGGAGGGGAACCACAGCAACACCUCCUGGACCCUCACCUCCAGCUCUGUGGGAUCCUGGGCCAACAGCUCCCUGAGCCUCAGUGGGCCACUGGGCUCCAGCCUCAGACUCAGCUGUGAGGCCUGGAAUGCCCACAGGAAACAGAGCAUGGCUAUCCUGCUAAUGCCAGGGAGACCCGGGGCCAGGACAGGUGUGAUUCAGGGGGCCAUCUGGGGAGCUGGUGUCACAACCCUGCUUGCUCUCUGUCUCUACCUCAUCAUCUUCUUCACAGUGAAGACCUACAGGCAGAAGUCAACCAGGAAAGCAGUGUGCAGGGAUGGCCUCCAUCCAGCCUCAAAAAUGGUCUCCCAGGAUCACCUGAGCAAACGCUGCUCAGCCAGCCCCUCAGACCACCUGCCCCCAGCUGCUGCCACCUCCCCCUCAGAGAAGGAGCAGGAGCUCUACUACGCCAGCCUCAGCUUCCACGGGCUGAAGUCGCACAACUUUCAGAAACAGGAGACCACUGAGUAUGCAGAGAUCAAGAUCCAGAAAUGAUAACCCCAACCUGAUCCCUGCCUCCAGGAGAGCCAGCUCUGACUGGAGCCUGGACAGGACAUCUCUGAAGAAACGUAUAGCAGACACUGAUUCCUUAGGAGGUGACAGCCUUCAGAACCAAAGUUUAUAAAUUGGAAUGUGACACUUUUUAGAGUGGCAGAAAAUAACAGAUUCCUGAUUUCAAACAUCAGGCGAGGCACUUUACCUCCCCAUGUCUCCCUGUGUUCCCUUCUCUGUGAAAUGGGGAAUAAUAUUCAUCAGGUACAUUGUUCAGUGGGGAAAAAAUGCACCAUUGGCAUUGUUAAGCAUAUCCUUAUGUGUUAAGUUUACCUCAGGAUGGAGGGAGAGAUCAGCUUUUGAACACGUAUUAUUUUGUCUUUUGUUUUGUUUUUUCUUUGUAUUAUUUUUAAAAGUAAAAAUAUUUCUGAAUGUAACUCUGGCAGGAGUAGAUAUUUCCCAAUACAAGUGUCUAACGAAGGAUAAAAAGUAUAAAAAGAAUAUGUAAGAAUCUUCUAAAAAUCAGUAAGAAAAAGGCACACAACCUAAUAAAAAAGCGAGAUAUUCAAAGGGCCCAUAGGCAUAUAGAAAGGUGUUUAAUGUCAGUAGCUUUCAAGAAAAUGCAAGUAAAGACCCCAGUGCUAGGUCACUGCACAGCCACCACUAUGAUUAAAAUAGUAAAAAUGGUAUCAAGAACAUCAAGUAUUGAAGACACUACACCAAGUGAAAUAAGCCAUCACCAAAAGACAAACACAGCAUGAGACCAGUUAUACGAAGUAUCUAAAGUAACCAAAUUCUUAGAAACAGAAGGUAAAGGGGGGACUAUGGGAGGGGAAACAAGAAACAGCUUUCAGUAGGUAGGGAUUCAGUUCUGCAAGAUGAACACUUCCUAGAGCUUAAUGAUGUACAUGUAGUUAAUGCUAGUGUACCACGCACUUAAAAAUAUUUAAGAUGAUAAAAUUUAUGUUUUUUUAAACUACAAUAAAAAGGAGUACUUUAAAAACCCAUUAUUUAAAAAGGGGUUGGGGAUGUGGAUGGACAAUUAAUGGUUAAUGGGUAUAGAAUUUUACCCAUUCUAGGGACAGAUGAUAAUGACAAUUGCACAAUGUAAAUGCAGUUCAUGCCACUAAAUGUGCACUUGAAACAGUAGAUUGUAAGUUGUGUCUACAUUGCCACAAUGACAUUUUUUCCUUAAAGAAUAUCAAGUAUGCUUCAGCAGCACCUAUCCUAAAAUUGGAAAGAACCCGAGAAGGUUAGCAUGGCCCUUGUGUAAAAAUGUCAGUGUUGGUGAAGAUGAGGAGCAACUGGAACUCUCCUACAUUGUCAAGGGGGAGGGGAGUGAGAACUGGUACAAGACCCUUGGGAGAAUGCUGGUCACUCUCGACUGACACUGAGAAUGGAGCCAGCAAUUUCAUUCCAAGGUGUGUGUCCAGCACAAGUUCAAAGAAGCAUUCACCGAAUGUGUAUGAGAACGUUCAUGGCAGCUGUGGCUGCCAGGAAAAAAUUGAACCCACCCAAAUGCCCAUCAACAGUAAGGUAGAUAGACUGCAGCGUAUUCACGCAAUGGAAGAAGCAAAUAACAGCUCUGUACAACGCGUGAGAAGCUUAGAGACAUAAUGUGAAAUAAUCCAGAUGCAAGAGUCUUCACUAUGUGACAUCUUUGAUGUGAGGUUUCGAAACAGACAAAACCAAGAUGAUUAUCAUAUGAUCUCUCUGAUAUGAAGAGUUUGAGAGGUAGGG